ACUUAAAGAAGAAGAAGAACUCAAUAGAGCUCUUAACUUCUAAAGUGAUUUAAAAAAGUGAUUUAAAUUACUUUAUAAUAAUCAUUAUUAAUAACCAUUCAUACGUAAUUUCUUAGUAAUAAUAGAUUGUUCGACGGAAAUCAUAUUUUUAUUGUCAAUAAUAUCAAGUUGAAGAUAAUAUUCUAAAUAGGCGCCUGCCACUUAAUGGAGGAACGAUACAAAAUCAGAUAAGUUUUAUUAUAAAUAUCGUAUUUUUUAUUUUUUUUUUUUUCACAACAUAAGUGGCCUAUAGAUUGUUGUACUGGAUAUAAAAAAAUCAAAAUGAAAUAUCUCCUAACAGCAUGCUAUUUGGCAAUUGCAGCAUGUACUGCGGCAGAAAUUGAUUUUGAAUGUCCUACACCUGGAAAUGAAGCAACCUUCUAUCCAGAUCCAGUUAAUUGCGCUGAGUAUAUUGAGUGUUUUGCUGGAAAGGCAAAUAUUAUGGAAUGCCCAGCAGAUCUAUGGUGGAACCAAGAGAAACAAUAUUGUGACUUUAAAUCCAAUGUUGAUUGCAAAAUCGAUCCCUCAGCUGGAACAGAGCCUCCACGUACAACAGUGACAGAUCCAACUCGGCCAACAGAUUUUACUCCAGAUCCUCAUUGUCCAUACCCUUCUAAUGAAAUUACGUAUGAUUUCGUUCCUGGUAAUUGCUCAGAAUAUUACGAAUGUGACCACGGACUCAGAUAUCUUGAAACUUGUCCUCACAAUAGAUUAUGGAAUCAUAUCAAAAACUAUUGUGAUUUUCCUGAAGAAGUUGACUGCAGUCGUGCUCCAGUUACAACUACCACAUCUGGACCUUCUACUACCCCAAAUUCAAUUUGCGAUGGCCAAAAAGACGGAACCUUUUUCGCAGAUGAAGAUGAUUGUGCUAAAUAUUACGAAUGUGUACGAGGACAGGCUAUUGAAUUUACAUGCCCACCUGGUACUUUGUGGGACGAAGAAGAACUUACUUGCGACUUUCCUGAUAGAGUUGAUUGUAAAGUAACACCAAAGAGUUUUUAAAUUUGUAUUUACUGUUUUUAGCAAAACUCAGCAACUUUUGUCGAAAAUUUAUUUUUGUAUACAGUCAAAUAAAUAAAUAAAUAUAUUAUCUCGUA